AGUUAGUACAGCGCUUUAGUACCAUGACUGUUAUUUCCACAAAACUAGGCAGUAAAUAAACAAUAAUUAGAACGAUAGUCCAAGUGUUUCAAUUUUAACAUAAUUAUGACUGUUGGUAUGAUUUUUUCGGUUCUUAAUCAGACUUUCAUGUGAAUUUUUUAUCUUGGAAUUUACAAGACGAACUCACAACAUGAGGAACGUAAUUUUUUUAACAAUAUUUCUUAUGGUUCGUAUUGAUCGAUCUAUCGAAAUAACGACAAUACACCAUGACAAACCGGAAACAGCCACCAUACAUAUCGCGUCGUCGAUGGAGAGCAAUACCACCGGACAGGAUCUGAAUAAAAUACCAUUAAGUCAAUCGGAACGUCACAAACGACUCCUUCCUUACAUUAAUUUCUACAAGUCUCAACCUAAUAACCGGAUCGUAUACGAAAAACCGCCGAAAGGAAGUUACACACUUCACCGCGAGCAACGGCCGAAUAAUAACGCCAAAUUUAACCCAUUUACCGAAAGUAAUUUAGCACCCGGACCGUUCAAGCCGAUUCUACCUCGAAUAAUCAACGUUCAAUACGUUCCAACAAAUCAAAACAAAAUCCCCAAUUUCGGUGAAAUAUACGACAAGUUGUCCCAGUUGAAAUUAUCGCAAAACCGAAGACCAAGUUAUUUUCAAAUAAAACGACCGAUAUCGCAACAAAACUUUCUAUCAAAACCGCAAAUUUAUAAUAAGCAGAAACUAAUCCAACCCUCAAAAACCACAGUAGAAACUUACACGCCGAGAAACGUCGAUAUACCGAGUGAACAAGAUUAUCAAUUGUCAAAUUUGUAUUCGGAUAAUAAACCGUACGUAAAUCAACAAAUAGCCGUAGAAAUCCCGCGAUCUAGUAUAGAUAUUCAAGAAAACUAUAACGGAUACUUGUAUCAAGAUCGUAAGAAACCUUUCAUCAUUGUUUCCGCUAAUAAUCGGGACGAAACUAGUAAAGAAAUCUACGUGAGACCAAUAAACAAUCAAUAUCAAUCGCCGCCUCAAUACCGAACUGAUCUAAAUCCCAAUUACGAACCGUUUCCCGAGCAUAAACACACCCCGAUGCAACCAGAUUAUCCCAACGCGAAAAAUCCUAUCAAUUUAUCCGCCAUUUUGAAAUAUCUACAAGCUGUCAACGCCUUACCGAAAACCCUCACUUCCCAUAACAUCGAUAAUAGCAUAAAAACUUUGGUCAACAUUUUGAAUUCGUUAAAAAAACAGCAAAAAUUAACGAAACCCGAAUAUACCGAUGAAAUUGAAAACGAAGCAGAUCUGUAUCAUCCUAAUUACAUCAGUGAUUUGUAUCCGGAAGAUACCGAAGAAGGGGGAACGCCCGGGAAACCCGGAGUUGAUUAUCCGGCUCUAUCUACCAUACCUCGUACUAGUUUUAAUUGUAAAACUCAGAGAUAUAAAGGAUUUUUUGGAGAUCCUGAUACCAACUGCCAAGUUUGGCACUAUUGUGAUCUGAAUGGAGGACAAGCUUCGUUUCUUUGCCCCAAUGGAACGAUUUUUAGUCAAGUAGCUUUGACUUGCGAUUGGUGGUACAACGUUAAAUGCGCGUCUACGCCCCAAUUAUACGUGUUGAACGAAAGACUCUACAAAUAUAUCAUCCCCCUAUCGCCGAAAUUUCCCGAGGAUUAUACAGGACCCCUAGUUGACAAAUAUUUAGCACUGAAAUUUCAAGAAAUGGAAGAUAAAAUGAAAAAGGAGAAGAAAGGGAAAGAGGAUAAGACGGAACCAGAGAAAGGGGAGCAUCAGGAAAGCGAAAAGGAAGACGUCGGAAAAGUAGUUAAACUUAAUGCGCCUUUACAUAAAGAAACUUUGGAAACAGUGGAAAAUGAUAAUGGAAAAGAAUAAAUAUUCUAAUUUUAUGAAAACUAAAUAAUCGAAAAUAUUUAUUUUGUUAGCCGUGGUAAGAUUUACGCUUGAAAUUGUAAAUUAUACACUCAUUUAAUUGGUAAAAAUAUAUUAUUCAAAAUAUAUUGUUCAUUAUCGCAAUGAUGACCCUGUAUAUUACAAAAUAAUGUUAAAAUGUGAAGCCUUUAACUCUUUACAGCAUCAUUUGAUGUGUUCGUACUACGAAACGUUUUUAUAUCUCUUCAGACAACUAGGAGGUUGGUCUCAAAAGUAUUCGCGCAUCCCAAAAAACCGACGACCUCAUUUGGUCGACCACUGCGAUGCUGGUGUCACAGAAGAAGCAUUUGUACCCAGAAUAGAAUCUAGUUCAGCUUUUAUAUCGGUUAAAAUGAUGCCUUUCACUAUUAAUGGCUGCCAAAACAAUACAAAACAACAUGGCGUCUUCAAACCUGUCAGUCAGUAGUAUUUUCAAGCAACUACCGCCAUCUCUAGAUCAGACCAGGUACUUCUGGGACCAUCCUACGUGUCUGAGCUCCAGUACAAAAGUUGCUAUUUGUAUUAAUGAUUUUCGACGUACUUUUACCAGCUAUCGACGCAAAACGUCGUCUUUUAGUUUUGGAAAUCAUUGAUUACGCGAUUUUUUUCGACAAAAUGAAGUCAUUAGAUUCUAAAUCAUAUCUAUAUGGUGGAUGGCCUACCAACUCGAUAUUAAAUUUCUCAAUAAAGAACGAUUACUCAAUUCUUCGACAUUUUAUGACUCAUCGCAAAAAAAAACGAUCUCAAAGUGUUUUUUUUAUUUUAGAAACGAACCUCUGGUUUUUAAUUAAUAGUUAAAUAUCUGGUAAUUUCACUAAAAUAUUUCAUAGUUUUGGUUAAGUAACAAAAAGAUGUUGAUGACACCUUAAAAUACCUUUAUUUAAAAACAUUUUAGACAGUCUUCAAAGAUUUGGCGUUUGAAUUCACGCCCAAAUAAAAAACUGUUUAGUUAUGUUGAACAACGUGAAGUUUGCAACGGAAAUAUUAGUGACAGUCAGACGUAGACAAUGUUGCCAAAGCUACAAAUAUAAAUAGCAACCUUACAUCGAGAUUAAUAUGAAUUAUAAUAUUUUUUGUUAUUAUUUAUAUAUAAAUGUGUUGUAAAUAAAGUUUUUUUAUUUUAUUUUUGUUGAAAAAGUGAGUGUUAUGAAAAAUAAAGGAUUGAUUCUGCGA